AUGGGGACGGGGAGCGCGGCGCAAGCGCCCGCGUCGGCGCGGAUCCUCUCGCGCCUCACCGCCCUCGCGCUCCUCACCCUCUUCCUCGGCUUAGGGCUCGGCCCCGUCACCGUCGCGCGCGCGGAGGUUGACGCGGCGCACGCGUCGUCGGGUCGUUCGGGUCCGCGCAUGGGCCGAUCGGGACCCGCGUUCCUCGACGGCGGCUUCGACGCGUCCGACGUGAUCUGGGACGACGACGGCGUGGACGCGUUCCUCCGCGCCGCCGCGAGGUCCAAGGCGCGACAAAAGGCGCUGACGCAGGACCAGGAGCGGCGACGGUACCUGUCCAGCGCGUCGCUCGCGUCCUACCUCGGGAUCCAAUCCGUCAAGGCGGUGCACGUGCCGGUGCCGGUGAACCUGAUACUCGUCGGGUUCUCCGGGGAGGGUCACAUGGGGUUGAAGCUGGACCACGCCGACCUGGUGGCGUGGCUGGAGCACGCGGACCACGUGCGACCCCACGCCAGGCUACCCGCGCCGACGCACGCCGCGCGGCCCCGGGCGAGAUCUCGAUCGAUCCGAACACCGGGAAAAAAAGGCGCGGGAUCAUCGCCGCUCCAACAGUUGGACGAGGCCCCCACGAACAGCGUGGCGCGGUUCAACUUCACGUGCCACGUCGUGGACGUCGGCGUGAAGGUCACCGCGGUGCUCGAGCGCGCGAUGCGCCUGUACUCGCGCCCGUUGAGGCCGGUGAACCCCUUGGGGGACGAGACUCGGCUGAGGCACUCGCGCGACUCGGUCGCCGCGCACCACGUGGACGCGAAGGCGUUCUCGGCGCUCGUGGACGACCUCGUGGCGGACCUGGACCUCGCGGACUCGUACACGCUGGUGGUGAUGAACCCUCGCAGGUCCAACAUGGGGGCCAAGUACGGGUACAGGGAGGGGUUCAGCGACGACGAGGUUGAGUUUCUUCGAGCCAAGCGAACCGAGCUGCUGAGGGAGGCAAAGCGACGGGGAGGGACGCGCGCGCGCGCCCCCGCACCCGCGUCCAGGAGGGCUUCGCAUCACACCGAGUACUUCAGAACCGGGUACUUCAGGCGAAAGUUCGCGAGCGACGACAGGAGCGCCGCGGGGGACGCGUGGGCGAGGAAAGCGUCGAAGGCGUUGGACGUUCAGGAAAAAGAGUCGUUCGCCGACGCCAAAAACCACGGAUUGUUGUUCGCGCAGGCGCUGCGGGUGCUGACGGGGGACGACAAGGGCGCCGCGCGGAGGCUCACCGCGGCGCUGGACGGCGCCGCGGCGGACCUGGACGGUGUGGACGGAUCGAUGAUGGGCGAGCGAGAGCGGGACGCGGUGGCGAAAAACGAUAAAAAACCCGCGAGUUUUUAUCACUCGCCCGAGUGCCUCGUCGACCUCUAUGUCGGCCACGGCAGGGCAUCGUUCGUGGACCUGAGCGCCGGUCCGUUCGCGUGGGGGCCGCUCGUGGGCGGCGAGGGGUUACGGAACGUGAGAGACCUCCCCGACGUCGACCUGAGGUUCGGUGGUUUGGACGUGAGCAUCCUCGAGGCUCUGUUCGGCGUCAAACGUUUAGCGGCGCUGCACACCGAGCUCGACGCCAUGCGGGAACAAAGAAAGAAAGACGUCGCGGACCCCAAGGACGCGGGCGCCACGCUACGAGCGGAGCUGGACGUGUACUCGAUGUUCGCGACGAAGCACUGCGGGGACGGGGCGCAAGGACGGGUCGGGUUGUGCGAGGACCUCGCGCGAAGGACUCGCGAGAUUGAAACCGCGCUCAAGGACUUUUCGGAAGGGGGAAUCGCACCGAUUGUGACGGACUUUUCCAUCUUUGGCGACGACGACGCCGCGACGAACGCGUCCCUCGCGCACGACCUCUUCGUCUCCGAACUCGGGUCGGUGAUUUCCAGGUGGUACUCGCACGCCGUGGCGCCCGCCGCCGCGGGAGGCUCGCGGCGGUAUCACCGACGCGUGUCCGUGUUGGUGUACAUGCUGUCCGCGUCCCCCGGUUCGAGCGGGGCUUCCGGGACGUGGGGCGGCACGACCCACGGCGCGCUCCACGGGCAUGGCGGCGGCGGCAGCGGCUUCGACGUGGACGGCUUCCACGACGAGCUGCGGGGUUUGAUGCUCCCGGACCAGCACCUGACGGUGACGACGCAGAGGCUGGCGGCGGCGGACGAUCCCGCGCUCGCCGCGGCUUUUCUCGCCGCGACGCGAUCGGGAACGUCGCCGGCGCUGGACCAAAUCUCGGGGAAGGUGGUGGCGCGUAAGGUGCACUGGCUGGACAGCGCGGAGGUGCGCGCGCAGCUCAACGCGGCGGCGGACGGGGCGAGGCGGCGCGGGGGUGGCGAACAAUCGGUCUCGAAGCGGGUUGGCGAACAGCGCCAGCUGGACGCCGGGAAAACAUCCGUCGCGCUGGAGAUACCCGUCUUCGUCGUCGAAGCGGACGUGACCGCCGCGGCGGACGCGGACGACGACGACCCGACGCCGCUGCUCAUCGACGGCGAACACGUCGCGGUGUCCCUGCCGGACAUGGUUCUCGUGGCGCAGUCCGCGUCCAGGUCGUGGGACUCGCCCGUGGGUUGCGACGGGGGCGACUCGCGUUGGAACCUGAGGGACCCGACGGACGCCGCCGUCGCAGCCGUCGCCGAGCACCUCGGCGGGACGUUGCCCUCGCACCUCGGGUACAACCGCGCGAGACGCGCGGUGGAGCACGACUGGCUGUGGAGCGUGGGGAAUAACCCGUUUUCUUCGACGGCGCGCGGGUCGAGACUGGCGGAGCUGCACAGGGAUUGGGUGCACAGGUCGUACGCGCUCACCGCCAUCGACGCGUCGGCGGCCAAGGUGAACGCGGGGGUGGCGGCGCUGAGCCGCGCGAGCCCGUGCGCGGAGGGGUGGGAGAGUCUCCAGCGGUGGGACGCCCCCGCGCAUCCCGCGUCGCUCACUCACGUCCACCGCGGGGUGGCGGAGUCGUGGAUGGCGGUUGCCGAGGCGGUCGGCCGGUUGAACUUUGCCGAGGCGGCCAGGCUCGGGGUGGAGCUAGAACAGCGCGCGGACGAUUUCCUGCGUCUGAGCGACGCCACGGCGAACGCGAUGACGCCGCUGGCGUGUACCAAGAGGCGGAGGGUGCCGGCGGUGCACUGGGCGAUGUUGGCGGCGAUUGUCGUCGCCGUCGUCGCGGCGAGGACCGUGUCGCCGAGGCGGCUCAAGCCGAAGGUGAACUGAGGAUGAGGGGCUGUCGACACCUUCUCUGCUCUUUUCAAGACAUCUAAAAGUUAGCGCCAUCUCGGACUAA